ACUAACGGUUCUUUCUUGUCUUGUGUCCACCCCACCCAGCCAGCCAGCGUACAGGAGAGGGACAGGACCGGCAAGACUGCCCUCCACUACUGCGCUGAGAACCCUACACUCUCCUGCAUAGACCAGGUGGUGGAGGCGGACCCGUCGCUACUGAAGGCGAGGGACGAAGAUGGCUACACGCCGCUCCAUCUGGCCACCAUCGCCGGCAACAGGGCCGUGGUCAAGUACCUCCUGACGAAGGGAGCCGACGUGAAGUCACUGGACAACGAGAAGCACACAGCCGUCCACUGGGCCACGG